UAGAAGCAUGUUACUAAAAUGGUAUGGUAGGUUGGUCGGGACUCAAGGAUUUGUACUACGGACGUCUGAAGUUCAACGUCAAAAACAAUGCUUUUUAACAAGGCGCUGAGAGCUGGUUUGCAGUCGGGUCUGCGGCUUCAGAGCGGCAGUGCUGCGGCCGCGGCAGCGACUGGGGCUCAGAAGGCACCAUCAGGAGGUUUCAGCUUUGAGAUGACGGAUCAGCAGAAGGAUUUCCAGGAGCUAGCUAGGAAGUUUGCCCGGGAGGAGAUCAUUCCUGUUGCCGCUGCUUAUGACAGGAGUGGGGAAUAUCCUGUCCCCAUCAUCAAGAAAGCAUGGGAGCUUGGCCUGAUGAACAGCCACAUCCCAGAAGACUGUGGGGGAAUGGGCCUGGGCAUCUUCGAUUCCUGCCUCAUCACAGAAGAGCUGGCGUAUGGUUGUACAGGAGUCCAGACAGCCAUCGAGGCCAACUCUCUGGGACAAAUGCCAGUUAUCAUUGCUGGUAAUGACGCUCAGAAGAAAAAGUACCUGGGUAGGAUGACUGAGGAGCCGCUGAUGUGUGCGUACUGUGUGACGGAGCCUGGGGCAGGUUCUGACGUGGCCGGCCUCAAGACGAUGGCGGUGAAGAAAGGAGACGAUUAUGUGGUUAACGGACAGAAAAUGUGGAUCACCAACGGCGGCAAAGCCAACUGGUAUUUCCUGUUGGCUCGUACUGAUGCUGACCCCAAGUGCCCAGCCAGCAAGGCUUUCACUGGGUUCAUCGUGGAGGCCGACACACCUGGAGUCCUCGUGGGCAGGAAGGAGAUGAACAUGGGCCAGCGUUGCUCUGACACCAGAGGAAUCACCUUUGAAGACGUCAGGAUACCCAAGGAGAACGUCCUGAUUGGAGAAGGGGCUGGCUUCAAAAUUGCCAUGGGAGCCUUUGAUAAGACCCGCCCACCUGUGGCGGCUGGAGCAACUGGCCUGGCCCAGAGAGCGCUGGAUGAGGCCACUAGAUACGCCCUGGAGAGGAAGACCUUCGGAAAACUCAUCGCUGAGCACCAGGCGGUGUCAUUUCUGCUGGCGGAGAUGGCCAUGAAGGUGGAGCUGGCGAGGAUGGGUUGGCAGAGGUCCGCUUGGGAGGUUGACUCCGGGAGGAGGAACACAUACUACGCCUCCAUCGCCAAGGCCUUCGCCGGCGACAUCGCCAACCAGGUGGCCAGUGAUGCGGUGCAGGUGUUCGGGGGCAACGGCUUCAACUCGGAGUACCCCGUCGAGAAACUGAUGAGGGACGCCAAGAUCUACCAGAUCUAUGAAGGGACCGCUCAGAUCCAGAGGCUCAUCAUCUCCCGUGAACACUUCAGCAGGUUCAAGAAAUGAGCUGCCAACUCAUGUCUGCACUCAUCCGUCCCGUUUCUGAAUGAACACUUGUCUGUCUGCCCUCGCCCCACCUGGUCCAUCUUCUGAAUGAACACCUGCCAUAUUCCUGAAUCAUCCCACAUUUACUGUGACAAUUAUUGAUCAAUCCAAGGUGCAAUUGGGGAACCCCAACUGUACCCUAAUCCUUAUGUAGUGAACUUCCUUUGACCAGGCCCUGAUAAAGGGCAGUGGACUCCAGAGGGAAUAUGCUGCCCUUUUGAGAUGCUCCCAGUCAGACAUUGUUACAGGAGGUGUGCUUUGAUUAUAGUAACAUGCAGGGAUGGAUACAGAACUGCGGAUAUUGGUUGCCUUAAGUCCAUCAUAACACCUUGUUGCCAUGUGAACCUUCAACAGUUGCUUAGCCUUUUCACAACAUGGAAAUGUAUAUGAAUACAACUAAUCAAAAGGGCGUGGAGAACAAAUUGCUCAUUUGAAUUGUGACUUGACUCCUCACAAACUGUAAGGGCUUCAUUGUAACGUAAUAAACAAUGUAUUCUGA